UUACUACUGUUGAUUUCAUGCUUUUAUUCUGAAGCCGUCAGGCCUACUUCCGCCCCGCCUCCUUGCUUCUCGCCAGCUUUCCUUAUCGGUUCUCGGUCUUCCUGGUUCUGCGGAGUUGGAGUCGUUUUCUCUGCGCCUUUCUGUAACAAACAAUGACUUCAUCCGAUCUGGAUGCGGAUAUUUUAGUUUCUAAUAGAAAAUGUGUUUAAAGUCGGAGGUUAGCGGCUGACCUUUCGGGACCUUUCCCUCCGUUGAGUCCGUCCCGCUGCGGAUCAUCCACCAAUCUGUCCAACAUGGGAGCGAACUUCGUUGUUUUGACACUUUUUGCAGUUUUUCUCUCCAGAACAGAGCCUGCUGUGUCUCCACCCGAAGACAAACAGCAGCAAGAGUUUGAACCUCUGCGGUCCAUGCUGGACAACUUCGACGUUCUUCCAUUCUCCAGCCUGCAGACCCACUCCGUCCGCCGCCGGGACGUCCAAACCGAGGCACACGUGGAGAAGCUGCUGAGCUUCAACGCCCUGCAGAGGAACUUCAGGCUUUACCUGAGAACCAACAACGAGAUCUUUACAGAGGAUUUCAAGGCCGUCGUGGAGGACGAGGAUGGACAGAGACGAAGCUUCCCGGUCAACAGACACAACUACUUCACCGGACACGUCAUCGGGGAGGAAAACUCUCGUGUUCAGGCUCAUAUCGACGACCACGAGUUCUCAGCUCACAUCCUGACGGACGAGGCGGAGUACAACAUCGAGCCUCUGUGGAGGUUCACGUCAGCGCCCCCCGAUGGCCGCCUCCUGAUCUACCGGUCGGAGGACAUCAGGAACAUCAGCAGGCUGCAGCAGCCCUCAGUCUGCGGAUACGUGGCGUCUGAAUCCGCUCACCUUCUACCGGAGGGGGUCAGGACGGCGACGAAGGGCGAUGAAGAAGAGUCAGUGUUCAGAGGGAAACGCCAGGUCACCGACCAUAAGAAGAACACGUGUCCAAUGCUGCUGGUCGCAGACCAUCGCUUCUACCAAUACAUGGGCCGAAAGGAGGAGAGCACCACCAUCAACUACCUGAUCGAGCUCAUCGACCGCGUUGACGACAUCUACAGAAACACGUCAUGGGACGAAGAGUUCAGCGGUUACGGAGUUCAGAUCCAGCAGAUUAUCAUUCAGAAGUCUCCCACUGAGGUCGGUCCUGGAGAAAGUCACUUCAACAUGAGGGGCAGUCCAGUGGAGGGAAAAGACGUCUGGGACGUCAAGAAGCUGCUGGAGCAGUUCAGUGUGGACAUUGCAGAGAAUGCCUCCAGCGUCUGCCUGGCCCACCUCUUCACCUACCAGGACUUCGACGAGGGGACCCUGGGCCUGGCCUACGUGGCGCCAAACAAACCAGACUUUCCCGGAGGGCUCUGCUCCAAACCUUGUGUUUCGACAGCAAACAAACACGGAUUCAUCUGUCUGAACACGGGCCUCACCAGUACCAAGAACUACGGGAAAACGAUCCUGACCAAGGAAGCAGACCUGGUGACGACUCACGAGCUGGGCCAUAACUUCGGAGCGGAGCAUGACCCAGACAACGUGCCGUACUGCGCUCCGCGGGAGGAUCAGGGUGGGAAGUACGUCAUGUACCCCAUCGCUGUGAGCGGAGACCACGUCAACAACAAGCUGUUCUCCAACUGCAGCAAGCAGUCCAUCGUGAAGCGGCUGCGCUCCAAAGCGGCGUCCUGCUUCAAGGAGAGGAACGUCAACGUGUGCGGGAACUCGCGGGUGGAGCAAGGCGAGGAAUGCGACCCGGGGUUGCUGCACUUCAACUCGGACCGCUGCUGCACCCAGGAUUGCCGGCUGAAGGACGGAGCGGAGUGCAGUGACAGGAACAGCGCCUGCUGCAAAGACUGCAGGUUCCAGGUGAGAGGCGAGGUCUGCCAGGAGCCCAUCAACGCCACCUGUAAGGGCCACUCCUACUGCACAGGAAACAGCAGUGAGUGUCCUCCGCCGGAGAACGCUCCGGAUACAACUGUGUGUCUGGACAACGGGGAAUGCCGUGGCGGAAAGUGUGUUCCCUUCUGCCAGGUGGUCAAAAAGCUGGAGUCCUGCGCCUGCAACGAAACAAACUCGUCCUGUAAAGUCUGCUGCCGGGGGAGCAACGGAGUCUGCAGCCCCUUUGUUGACGUGAAAGGCGACUUUGUGUAUUUGCGGAAAGGCAAACCUUGCACUGUGGGCUUCUGCGACGGAGCGGGGAAGUGCAUGAAGCAGGUGCAGGAUGUGGUGGAACGUCUGUGGGACUUCAUUGAUAAACUCGACAUCAACACGUUCAGAAAGUUCCUGGCUGAUAACAUCGUGGGCUCAGUGGUGGCGUUCUCGCUCCUCUUCUGGGUUCCUUUCAGCAUCCUGGUCCACUGUGUGGACAAGAAGAUGGAUAGACAGUAUGAAGAGACCACCAAGUCUCUAUUCUUCUCCAGCAAUGCCGAGCUCCUGAGCAGCCUUGAUUCUGCUUCUGUCCGGAUCUUCAAGCCUCUAAACUUCCCGCCCGCCCCUGUGCGGCUCCCACCGAUCAGCCCGCAGCUUGCCAGCACACCGCCGGUCUUCGGUGCCGCCCCCGCCUCGAGCCACACAUCCCCGCCUCUGGAUGCGCCCCACAUGGCCACCAUCUUGGAGAACCCCAGCCUGGACUCCCACCUGGAUGAGGAGGAGCUGCAGGAGGCGUUCGGGCGCCCGGCUGGAGCUACUCGCCGUUCAUUUGAGGACCUGACGGAGACAAACCCGAUGAGACGCAGCAACAAGUCAAAGCUGUUCAGACUUCAGAGGCAACAUCAGAUCGACAGCAAGGAGACUCAGUGCUGAGAGACGCUGCCAGGGGGCGCUGCUGCCCCUCAUCCGUUCCUUAAAGCUGAUCCCUGAGCUCACCUCCAGCUGUCUCAGGUAACACAAUGAAGCCAUUUUCAAACACAGCUUGGUGUCGAUUUAUAAUCUGUUUAUUUUUUAAAUAAUUUUCUGAUCUUUUUUUGUGUUCGUCACUCAUUUUCCCUUCUAAAAAGGUACAACUUUUAACUUUGCACUUCAGUGGUUGAAAGAAUACAUUGAAGUUUUAGCAUUUUUAAUUAUUUGAUAUAAAAAUCCAUUUUUUUUCUGAUCUCAUCACAAUGCUAACAUCUUCCCACUCUGCUUUUCCACCUCAAGGUCCAAUAUUUUCACAAUUAAAGCGCAAAGAUGUCAACCAAUCAUCAGUUCCAAUAAAGUCCUGAUAGGGGUUAAAAAUAGGAUCUGCUGAAAUUUAAAACCUCUCAGUUUGAGAGAUGUGAAAGGGAGCUAAAAAUUAAAUUUAAAUUUGUGUUUUUGAUUCUUAUCAGAAUGAAUUAUCCAUAGUAUCCACUGCCUAAACAUAGUUUAUAAAAAAAUGGAAGCAGUCUUUAAUUUCAUUCUAAAUAACUGAGGUAAGAAAGAUAAUAACUUGAUUCUUGUAUAAAUAAAACUUAUUUUGUCUCAUAUUUCUCUGAUUCUGGUUAUCAAAAUGAGAUGAAAUGAGACCAAAACAGGUGUCAACUUUUAUGAUUUCUGUAAAACAAAAUGAGCUCAAAUUAUGUUAAACAUAAGAGUUGAAACUGUUAUAACAGCAGAGCUCGCUUUUAUCUUAAGAUAAUGGGAGAAUGAAACUGAUCACGUCACAUGGAGCUGAAUGCAGCAGUUCAAGUUUACACAGAGGAACAUAAGAUUUGGCUAAAGAUAAUGAAAUAAAUCAUAAACCAAACUGCUCUGACUUGUUUCAACAUCUUCAGAUAAUGAAUUCAGUGUUUCAUUAAAUACAUUAAAUACUGAAUUACAACAAAAUGGUCUUCAGGAACAGACUGUUGGCAAAAAAAGCAAGCGAGAGGCUUUAUGUCGACAUAAUGAAACAUUGACAAAAAGUCAAAAUCUCAAAGAUAUAAGUAGCUACUUGUAUCUAAAUAAUUU